AGGUUCCUUAGGGAGCCAGGAUAGAGCUCACCAGCCCCCAACUUCACAAUAUUUGAUUAGGAAUUUGGGGGCGGGACCCCUGGCUGGCACUCACACACACACACACACUCACACAUUUGCCAAUCCACAGGAGACUAGACGGAGAAACGUGGUCGCUUUCUAAGAGAGACGACUCUUUGGGUACCAGAGACAAAAUGCAGUGGGUGUCCCUACUGCUUCUGGCUGGGCUUUGCUCCAUUUCCUGGGCCCAGUAUGAAGAUGACACCCAUUGGUGGUUUCAGUAUCUCCGAAGCCAGCAGUCAACAUAUUAUGAUCCCUAUGACCCCUAUGAGCCUUACGAGCCCUAUCCCUACGGAGUGGAAGAAGGUCCUGCCUAUGCCUACGGCAACCCUCCUCCCCCAGAACCCCGAGAUUGCCCCCAAGAAUGUGACUGCCCUCCGAAUUUCCCCACUGCUAUGUAUUGUGACAACCGAAACCUCAAGUACCUGCCUUUUGUCCCUUCUCGAAUGAAGUACGUCUAUUUCCAGAACAACCAGAUUUCGGCGAUUCAGGAGGCUGUCUUUGACAAUGCCACCGGACUCCUCUGGAUCGCCCUCCACGGCAACCAGAUCACCAGCGACAAGGUGGGCAGAAAGGUCUUCUCCAAGCUGAAGCACCUGGAGAGGCUGUACCUGGACCACAACAACCUGACCCGGAUGCCUGGCCCCCUUCCCCGAUCCCUGAGAGAGCUCCAUCUCGAUCACAACCAAAUCUCCCGAGUCCCCAACAACGCUCUGGAGGGGCUGGAGAACUUGACCGCCCUGUACCUUCAGCACAACGAGAUCCAAGAAGUGGGGACCGCCAUGAGGGGCCUCCGGUCUCUGAUCAUGCUGGAUCUGAGCUAUAACCACCUCCGGAGGCUCCCAGACGGACUGCCCGCAGCCCUCGAGCAGCUCUACCUGGAGCACAACAAUGUCUAUACGGUCCCAGACAGUUAUUUCCGGGGAUCACCCAAGCUGCUGUAUGUGCGACUGUCUCACAACAGCCUUACCAACAACGGACUGUCCACCAACACCUUCAACGCCAGCAGCAUCCUUGAGCUCGACCUCUCCUUCAACCAGCUGCAGAAGAUACCACCCGUCAACACCAACCUGGAGAAUCUUUAUCUCCAAGGAAAUCGGAUCAAUGAGUUCUCCAUCAGUAGCUUCUGCACUGUGGUUGACGUCAUGAACUUCUCCAAGCUCCAGGUGCUGAGACUGGAUGGGAAUGAGAUCCAGCGCAGUGCCGUCCCUGUGGAUGCUCCCCUCUGCCUUCGCCUGGCCAGCCUCAUUGAGAUCUGAUCUGGCUCCUUCACUGGGCCCCAAGUGGAGGGGGAAGUGGCCCAGGGGAGCGGGGUUCUGAUCAAAGAUGGCAGCAAUUGCUUACUGCCCCUUGUGUCUGGCUUGAUGGUUCAGUUUGGCUUUUGCUGGAAGAUCUGGGACUGCCCCAUGUAAGUGUGAGGGUCAUAUCUAUGUUUACCAACAUAAACAGAGGCAUCACUAACUAGCAAUCAGCCUCUAUGAUAUAAUGCCAGUCACACUUGUCAAAUGCUGGCUGGCCACCCUCAUCAUACCCACAUGGUGUGUGUGUGUCCCCUGGAUUCCUAAUUCAUUCUGUCUCCUUUUAAACAAAGUUAGAUUACUGGAGGGUAGGGGUUGGAAUGGGACACAGGAUUUAAGCAUAUACUUGAUGAUCUCAUGAGGAAGCCAUACUCUGAGAGGGCCAGAAGUUGGUGGGAGAGCUGAAUGUCACCCUCAGUGAUUCCUAGAAAUCCCAGCCCCAAAAUUUACACCCUUUCAAAGCUAAACUCAGGGGUCUGAGAUCAUGGAAAUGAAUCUCUUAUAUUGGGUAAAUGUUAGCUAAUCCUUCCUGUUAGAGGCAAACUACCCCAAUGGACCAGCUGGUACUCUCAACCUUCUCAGGAAGUAAAAAACAUUUAUUCCAAAGUUUCUUCAGGCAAAAAUCCAAGAUAACUAACAUAACUACCUGGGCUCCAUUCUUAUCCCCUUUCAGUGAGCAACCCUUGGCAUCGCCUCUGCCCGUAGAAAGAGUUCUCUUUGCACUAAUUCAGGGAUCCCAUCAUAGGACAUAAUUCAGAACAUACUUUUUGUCUAGCACCUUUCUCUGAGCUCCCCACAAUCCCCAAAACUUUCCCCCAUAGAAUCCUCUUUCAUGUUUGAGAUUCUCUGUUCUGAGGCAGAUAACUUCAGGGGCACAUGAGUAUUUGUUCUAUGGUCCAUAGGGAAACCUGCACACUUUCAGAAGUGGUAAGAAAGAACAAUAGUCUUAUAAUUCUUUCCAUCUCUGCCCCUUGGAGAACAUCACAUUGGAUGCCAUUAAUACCUAGAAGUCUCAUCCCCCAAAUUUUGUCCAAUGGUUUGGCAUCCAAGUGUUUUAUUGAGGGGAAGGUAUCUAUCUUAGCCACACGCUAAUCCUUUUCAAAACUGGACAGUGGUUAUCUUGAACAGAGAAGACCAGUUUUCACUUAAAAUCAGGACCCAUGCGGUGGGUAGAAAUUGUUUAGUUCCUCAGACAAACUGAGAAAGCAGCUAACCAGUCCUCUAACCUCACGGAUCUCAUUGAUUCUAUUCAUCCCUCUGUUUCCAUAAUCUUUUUCUGCAGUUAGCCCAAUAGUGGUAAAACAAAACAAAACAAAACAAAUACACACUGAAGAAUCUCCCGAAAGGACUGGGGAAGGAGCUUUGAAGAACUGGUUCCCCUUGGCAUAAGGCAUAAAAAAGGCUUGCCCCCUGCUUUGAAUGUUUUAAGGGCUGGAGGUAAAUAGAAAACUCAGCAGACCACCUUGGGUAUGUUCACAGGCUCAGAGGUCUGGGGAUUUGGAUUAGGCUGAAUCCUGCUGCUUCUCAGAUCCCCUCUAGAGAUCCAAAGAAAAGACUAAAUCAUCUUCUUCUCUUAGCUGUCCAUCUAUAAGGCUUCCUGAAAAAAGAAGGGGAAUUCGAAUUAUUUGGUUCAUCUUAGGUCUUGGGAGAAAUGUGCUAGAUCUGUCUGGAACUGCUCAUUAGGGCUUAUUGUGCCCAAGCCAGCUUGCCAAAUCUUGCCUGAGCUUGGCAUCUCUGGGCUGUCCUCAUUCAUUAUUGAAGAUGCCUGGCUUGGAGUACAGAAUAGAGUUAGCAACUUCUUUCCAUUCCAGGAAGGGUAUACUUGUCCAGCUCUUUACCCCGCCCUCUUAGCCCUCCUUCCACUGUUAUAUGAGGUUUCUUUUCUCCUUAGAUCACCCCAUGAUGCCAUUGGUCCUUUUUCAAAAAUGAGAGAUGAAUAGACAAUGGCACAAUAUUUGGAGUGAGGUUCCCUGAGCUCCCUAUUGCCAUGCUGCAGCUGAUGAAACCUAGUGUUAGGUCUACUUCCUACACAGUCCUGUUCAACCCCACCUCAUGACCAAUACCAUCACCAUAUAUGAUGUCUGCUUUCAAGUUUCCCUUAUAAAAUAAGAGGGAUCCUUGGAUUAUAUUCUUGGCCCCAGGCCCUGAAUCCUGCAAAAGCCAAACAAGCUGCUCAUUUUGGUCAGGGAGCUUCUGAGGGAGGGGGCAAGUGCUGUCCCCUGCCCCAGGGCUCCCCAGAAACCAACUGCAUGUAAAUUCCAUGGCAUCCAUAUAAAGGACAUUGUACUAUUGGCAAAGCAUGAGUGGUAGCUAUCCUGAUCAAUAAAACCCUUUUAUGAUUGCAAA